CAGUGUCUAACUAUACAUUUUGACCAUGCACCCUGUUGUAGCCUUCAGAAUGUAUGUGCUUGCACCCAUUCUUCACGCUCUGUCCUGUCGAUACAGACAGUUAAAAGUAUGUAUAGCCUCUAUCACGGUCCUAUGCUGUACUGCCGAAAGCCAUAGCCACCUGUAUGUACAACGAACCACUCAGGUAAGGCCUGACCACAGAAGUAGCCGUGUGGGACGUGUCUCUAAAGAUCAAAGGGGCCAGCACACAUUUCGACAGUUGUAGUGAGAGAAUGAGAGAAGCGCUGCUUCCUCGCAGAUUAAGCGUCCUAGGUCGCCGCGCACAACUGGCAAACCUCUACAGAAACGUCAAUUUAUCUAAACAACGACAUUCAAUGAGACAUUUUAGUUUGUUUGUAGUUGUUUUUUUUUACGUCAACGUUCACAAUGUUACCCGCGAAAUAUCGUAGUGUCCUAGUUUUCUUCACAACUUUUUGGUUUUACGCAUCUUUUUCCCACGGGAGCGGAUUUAGACAUUCGACUAUCUUGGACCCUCAUGGGAAAUACCAUCUAAAGUGGAGGUUUGACCGGCGAACAAUUACUUUCGAAAUAGAAGUGGAAACGACAGGAUAUGUAGGAUUUGGUCUAUCUCCCAACGGUGCAAUGGCGUUGUCGGAUAUUGUCAUUGGUGGAGUCACAGAUGGAAGACCCUAUCUACAGGAUUACUUUGCAGACGCCAAGAGAAAAGUGCAAAGAGAUGUUCAGCAGAACUACAGGCUGGAGUAUGGCAGGGAGAACAAUACACACACUGUCCUGGCUUUCAGCAGGGAUCUCCUGACCUGUGACACAAAUGACAAGGACAUCACGGAAAGCACAGUGAGGGUGAUAUGGGCCUACCACAGUGAAGAUGUGGGACCGUCAGGACCGAUGUACCAUGGCGUGAACAGGGGGAGGAAGAGUAUGCGGCUCCUCGACCCAGGAAGUAAAGCUAAUAUUACCUCUGGGACUGACUUUUUCAACUUGCAAAACAUUAACGUGCCAGUGCCGUACAAGGACACUACCUACUGGUGUCAGAUAUUUAAGAUCCAGGAGGUACAGCAGAAGCAUCACAUAAUUAGAAUUGAGCCUUUGAUUCAAAGGGGUCACGAAAACCUGGUUCAUCACAUUCUGUUGUAUCAAUGUGAUAGCAACUUGAAUGAGAGUGAGCUCGAUGCCAGCCAUGAAUGUUACCAUCCAAAUAUGCCUGACUCAUUUCUCACCUGUGAGACGAUAGUCUUCGCCUGGGCCAUUGGUGGUGAGGGAUUCACCUAUCCACCCCAUGUUGGACUGUCCAUUGGCACAGCCAUAGACCCUGUCUAUGUCCUGAUGGAGGUCCACUAUGACAACCCAGCCCUUCAACAAGGAGUGGUGGACAGCUCUGGCCUGCGUCUCUUCUACACCCCGGAGCUGCGUCAGUAUGAUGCAGGUGUGAUAGAGACAGGUGUGUGGGUCAGUCUGUACCACAUGCUGCCUCCAGGCAUGCAGGAGUACGUCUCAGAAGGACACUGUACCCGCGAGUGUUUGCAGGAGUCCCUAGGCCAGGAGAUGCCUAGCGGAGUGAGGGUGUUUGCUGUUCUGAUGCAUGCCCACCUAGCUGGCCGCGCCAUCAGAACCAGACACUUCCGGGAGCAGGAGGAGCUGCAGCCCCUGUCACAUGACGAGGAGUUUGACUUCAACUUCCAGGAGUUCCAGCUGCUGAAGGAAGAGAGGCUGCUGUUACCUAGUGACAAUUUGAUCACAGAAUGCAAGUACACCACGAAAGGCAGACAAAACAUGACCUGGGGUGGUUUGACCACCAGGGAUGAGAUGUGUCUGUCAUACCUGCUCUACUAUCCCAGAGUGAACCUGGCCAGGUGUGAGAGCCUCCCUGAGAUCACCGGGCAGCUCAAGUUCAUUGGAGUCAAAGAGAUCCAGGCUCCUGUCACGACCUGGCCUUUCAUGAUCAAGAGCCCAAAGAAGUACAGCAACCUGUCCUUCACAGAGGCCAUGGACAAGUACAGGUGGUCAAAGAAAAGAGGGAAGUCCUUCAACGAGAUGGUUCUACAGCUGCCCAUUAACGUGCGCUGCUCCAAGUGGGGGCAGGACGAGUGGUCGAUUCAAGGGACGUUAGUGUCACCACCAGAGGCGAAGCCUGAAGUCAAGCCUCCCUCCAUGGUGUGCCGUUCUGCCUCAGAGCCACACAGCGGAGUGGUUCUACUCUUUACAUUGUGCCUCACAUACUCCAUAGUCCAGGCCUGUUUAAGCCUUUAGCCUAUAGCCUAUAGCCAUGCAACUGUGUGAAUCACACCACUCACCGUGGAAUGAAAUAGGAUUGGUCAUCAGAGGCAGAGUUAUUAGAAGGAAUCUUCCAUUAGAUGUGCUGAUGUUCACAUGGUGGAUUUUUGGGAGGUUAUUGUCUAAAUAUAUAUAUAAAAACAUACUUUUUAAAAUGUUUUAUGUCCAAGAGUUAAUAAAUGUUUAUUUAGAGUUGUAUUUUGGAAAGUAGCAGUAUUAGCUAUGGCCGAGAUGGUCAAGUUUAGGUUGGUAGUUAUUUUACGUUGAGUGUAACACCCUUUUUGCUAGUAUUGCCCAUGACACAUUCUUCAUAAAGCCUAUGAUUUAUGGAUACAUUGCCCAGAAUUUAGGCCUUCAAUAUAGUCCCAAAUACCAGUGAUUUUCUCCAGAUUCAAAUGAUUCAAAUAAUUGACAAGGCUACAUAGAAACAUAUAGAUGGCUCAGGGUCGUUUCAGUACUGUAAGGCCACUGUUACAGCCUUGGUCACCCUGGUACCGCUAGGAACA